CGUGCCGCGCGCGGGGGCCUGCUGAGGGACGCGCGGAGCCGCACCGACAGUAGCAAGCACGUUGUUAGUGGGCGCGGCUGGAGGGCUCGGGAGGGUGCCGGCGGUAGGGGCGGGGAGCGAGCGUUCGCCUGAGCCCCUGGAGUUCCGGCACCCUGACCCACGCUUAUCAGGUCACUCUGGUGAGUGCCAUUAGAAGAGCUGUCUUUCGGCCUGUGCGGCGUGAAACGGCGGUGGCCUCAAUCUCCUAAGAGUCUCUGUAGAAGCUGAAAUCCAUCAAUCACUGUUCUUCAAAAUGCAAUGGAAUGUACCAAGGUCUGUAUUCCGACUGGCACAUAGGACAUGCGUGGAACCACAUAAAGCCAGUCUUUUUGGACACUGUCAAAACAUGAAGGGACCAUUACAUUUGUAUAAAGCUGAAUCCAGAGUAGUUUUGGUACAGGACCCUCAAAAACGAUGGCUGCAUUUAUCUGCUGUCCCGUGUGUUGCAAACGAAAGGAAGCCGUUCACUGCUCAUCCACCCCAGCCAGGGGUCCUUCGCCAUAAACAGUGGGAGCAAGAUAUUUUAUCCAAGAGGGUUAUGUCAUCCAGUGCCACCUCCCCUGGAACUCCUUCAGAAAAAAAGGAAGAACCUGAUCCUUUGCAAGACAAAUCUAUUAGUCUUUAUCAGCGAUUUAAGAAAACAUUUAGACAAUAUGGAAAAGUUUUGAUUCCAGUGCAUCUAAUAACUUCUGGUGUUUGGUUUGGAACAUUUUAUUAUGCAGCCAUAAAAGGAGUGAAUGUCGUUCCUUUUCUAGAAUUCAUUGGGUUACCUGACAGCAUAGUAAGCAUUCUGAAAAAUUCCCAGAGUGGAAAUGCACUAACAGCAUAUGCCUUGUUUAAGAUUGCAACACCUGCCCGAUAUACUGUGACUUUGGGUGGAACCUCGUUCACUGUGAAGUAUUUGCGUAGUCGGGGCUACAUGUCGACACCGCCUCCUGUCAAGGAAUAUCUGCAAGACAGGAUGGAAGAGACCAAGGAGCUUCUCACAGAGAAAAUGGAAGAAACAAAGGAUAGACUCACUGAAAAAUUACAGGAAACCAAAGGAAAAGUUUCUUUUAAGAAAAAAAUGGAAUAGGGUGCCUUAUAUAACAGGUGAUAGACAAUUUCUGCACUUUAACCCUUUGGAAACUAUGGACAAAGAUACAUACAUGCUCCUGAUAAGAUUCUUUUUUUUUUUUUUUUUUUUUUUUGAUUAGUUGCCUAAAUACACCAGUUCUCUGAGGGUUAAAGACCUAAGAUACCUUUUUAAAGUUGAGUAUUACUAGAAAAAUUAGUGUUUUUUGAAAAGAAUAAUGGAACCCAGUAUAAGAAGUUAACACCAGUAGCAGCAUUAAGCAGUGGUUUGUGUCUUCGUAAGUCAGAGCUCUUUUUUCAGGGUCUUCAGAAUCAUACUUGCUUUGUGUUUUGUUGUAGCAGAUGGAGCAGUUGACUCCUUGAAUAACUGAUGUGGCCCUAGGCAGGGUAUUAACGCUGGGUCUUCAUCUUUAUGUUAUUCAUUGAGCUUUUAACUCUGUUCAUUUCUUAAUGUGGAGACCAAUAUUACCAUCACAACUGCCAGUGAAUAAGAGGAUAUUUAGUGUUUCUGUAAAA